UAUUUUUCAUUUGUAAAUUUUUUUUUCACUGAGGUAGAACUUUAUUUAUAAACAAACACUACCUCAUAAACCACUUUCAAACCGGACUGAAAUUGGCUUCAUUUAACCUUUUUUUGUAGUUGGGUUGGUAAAAAAUAAAUAAAUAAAUAAAUAAAGAUUAAUUGGGACUCUUCUGAUGAUGGAUACUGCUACACUAGCAACCCUAGCUGCUGCCACCACUGUGGCUCUGGCCUCCCAGUCCGACAUGUCAGGCUACUUGUGGCUGUUGGUGUUGGGCUUCAUCAUCGCCUUCAUCUUGGCUUUCUCUGUGGGGGCCAAUGACGUGGCCAACUCGUUUGGGACGGCUGUGGGCUCCGGCGUGGUCACCCUGCGGCAGGCCUGCAUCCUAGCCACUGUCUUUGAGACGGUGGGCUCAAUUCUGCUUGGGGCCAAAGUCAGCGAAACCAUCCGGCAGGGUAUCAUUGACGUCACCAUGUACAACGGCUCUGAACACGUCCUUAUGGCGGGAUCCAUAAGCGCCAUGUGUGGCUCUGCUGUGUGGCAGCUGGCAGCUUCAUUCCUGAAGCUCCCCAUUUCUGGAACCCACUGUAUUGUUGGAGCCACAAUUGGUUUCUCCAUGGUAGCCAGAGGUCACCAAGGGGUCAGAUGGAUAGAGCUACUCCGCAUUGUGGCCUCCUGGUUCCUCUCACCACUGCUGUCGGGCAUCAUGUCAGGAAUACUCUUCUAUUUUGUUCGCAAAUACAUCCUGAACAAAGCUGAUCCUGUUCCCAACGGCCUCAGAGCUCUUCCCAUCUUCUACGCCAUCACUAUGUGCAUCAAUCUGUUCUCCAUCAUGUUCACAGGAGCGCCAUUGCUGGGUUUUGACAGAGUGCCAUGGUGGGGUACACUGUGCAUUUCACUGGGCUGUGCCCUUGUCACAGCUCUGGUCGUUUGGUUCGUUGUCUGUCCACGCCUCAAGAAGAAAAUUGAACGUGAAAUGGCUGCAAAUCCUUGUGAAACUGCACUGAUGGAGAAAAACUCAAGCAAGCCUGCCCAAGUGGAGCAGCCCUCCAGACGCUGUGACCCUGAACCCCAGACGCCUCCAGCAGACAGUCACACUGUGGCUUUCAAGCUCGGAGGCUCAGAUGAGGCUGAUUUGGACAGUACUGACAUGGAUACCAAAGACUUGGAUAUCAGCAAUGGGCUGAAUGGCACUGUUGGCCCCAUGACCAUCAUCGACCCUCACAGCGGACGCUCCCACACGAUUCACAAGGACUCUGGCCUUUAUAAAGACCUGCUGCACAAGCUUCACAAGGCCAAAGUGGGCGACUGCAUCGGUGACAGUGACACAGAGGAGCGGCCCAUCCGGAGGAACAACAGCUACACCUCGUACACCAUGGCCAUCUACGGCAUUCAGGGAGAUGCCAGAUACAAGGAGCUGGAUGGCGGGCUGCAGAGGAGGUCGAGGGUGGACAGCUACAGCAGCUACAGCUCAGCAGUGACAGAUGGUACCGCGGUCAAGGACGGGAGUGUUACACUAGAGGCUGGCGGGGACUUUGCUCUGGAGGAGGAUGAGCUGGAGGUCGACCAACCUGCGGUCUCCUUGCUUUUCCAGUUUCUCCAGAUACUCACGGCAUGUUUCGGCUCCUUUGCACAUGGAGGAAACGAUGUCAGCAACGCGAUCGGCCCGUUGGUGGCUCUCUGGCUUCUGUACGACAGUGGAUCUGUGAUAUCCAACGCACCCACACCCAUGUGGUUGCUUCUGUAUGGAGGAGUGGGCAUCUGCGCUGGGCUCUGGGUGUGGGGCCGAAGAGUCAUCCAGACCAUGGGCAAGGACCUUACCCCCAUUACACCCUCUAGUGGAUUCAGCAUUGAACUGGCUUCAGCACUAACAGUCGUAGUUGCAUCCAAUAUCGGUCUUCCUGUCAGCACAACCCACUGCAAGGUAGGCUCUGUGGUGGCUGUGGGAUGGCUGCGCUCCAGGAAGGCAGUCGACUGGCAUCUAUUCAGGAACAUCUUCAUCGCCUGGUUUGUUACAGUUCCCAUCUCUGGGCUCAUCAGUGCCGCCAUCAUGGCCCUCUUCAUUUAUGUCGUCCUGUGAGCUUCCUACUGUCCCGCUAGUCUGGCAGCAUCACUUCAUCUCCACCGAUGGACCACGGCACACUACAGUACAUGAAUAGUUUUUGUUUGACUGACCACUGUUUAAACUGUAUUAAUAAAUAUGUUACACAUUUUUGUAAGUUCUUUGUGCAUUCCAAGUAAAGAUGAUCAUAAAUAGCAUUGCUACCAACACGAUGGUGAUCUUUAUAUAUUGAGUUAAAUGUCAAGUUGGUGUUAUCUUGUAAACAGGAAAAUGUGCAAAUGAUGGCCUGAAACAGGGUCCAAAUGAAAACAAUAAUGUAUGAGGGUCUAUUUACACUAUUUAGACAUCCAUCACUCUGUAAUCUUAAUUCCCUAAUUCCCUAAUGUAUAUUUGUUAAAUGGCAAGAUGUAUCAAGAAUCAAGGAACUGUGAUUGGAAAAAGAACACUUCUGACAAAACAUAUUGUGAAAUAAACAUCAGCA